AUGCCUUCCUCAUCACACCUCCGCAUCCAAACCUCGUUUGAGCCUUUCACGGCCGAGACCACUCGCUCCCACUUCGUCGCCUCACCACCAGCCAAGAAGCAAAAAAUGUCUCUCACCCAGACCUACUACAUCGCUGCCUCUGCCCGCUCCAAGCUCGGCAAGGAGGCAUGCAGGGCCGACCACAACCUCCGCCUGCUCGUCGGACACGCAAACCUCCUCGACAGCCUCAUGAUCGAACUCCAAGACGCCGAGCGCCAGCAAGAGCAGUGGUUCAACCAGACCAUGGCCAAGGCCUCCAAGGCUGAGGAGCCCCGACACAUCCAGUGGGCCGACAGCAUUGCUGAGGAGCUCGACGACGACGAAGACGACUCGUCCGUUUCCGACUCCGACUCGGACAACGACGACGACUUUGACAUGAUCCCCAUGCCCCGUCGCAUCGCAGCAGCUCCCGUACAAAUCAGCACAAUGGAGGUUGACGAAGACGACUCAGAGGACGAGGAUGACUUCUACGACGACAUGGAGGACCACUCUGAACUCGCCCUCACUCGUGUACCCUCGCAAUUGCAAUCACCACCCGAGCUUACCUUCGAAGAGGAGUCGGACGACGAGUCACCACCAACAUCGCCACCACAAUCAACGCUCAACUUCUCAGACAAGGAGGGUAUGCUCACGACGACAUUCUACAACACCAAGCCAAAGCCACAAUACCUGGAACACGACCAGCCACUGUUCAUGGACACCAGCUCUCCGCUCAUCUCAAGUUAUUAG